AUGCGCUCUGCUAGUAAUUAUUCGUUUGCCGUUGCUCCGUCUGUCCAAAUGCCGCGCUCUUCGUUUAAGCGCGAUCGCACCUAUAAGACGGCUUUUGAUUCUGGCUAUCUUGUUCCGUUUUUUGCGGAUGAGGUCUAUCCCGGAGACACUUUCAAUGGUUCUACUGUUGCCUUUGCGCGGCUUUCUACUCCCGUAGUGCCUUUCAUGGACAAUCUGCAUAUGGACUUUUUCUAUUUCUUCGUCCCUUACCGUCUUCUCUGGGAUCAUUGGAAGAAUAUGAUGGGUGAAAUGGGUGAACAGGAUAAUCCUAGUGAUUCUACGGAUUAUUUGACUCCUUUGGUUGAGUCCCCUUCUGCUGGUUGGUCCGUUGGUUCGCUCGCGGACUAUUUUGGAAUUCCUGUAGAAAAGCCCAUUUCUACGAAUUGUUGGCUUUUCCGUGCUUACAAUAAAAUUUACAAUGAUCAUUUUCGUGAUGAGAAUUUGAUUGAUAGUAUCCCUGAGAAUCGUGGUGAUGGUCCUGAUUCGGCUGAUGACUAUGUAUUGCGGAAGCGUGGUAAGCGUUGGGACUAUCUCACUGGCUGUCUUCCGUGGCCUCAGAAGGGCCCUGGUGCCAGUAUCGGUCUCGCUGGUGAUGCUCCUGUGCAUGGUGAUAUUAACGGUCUUCGUUUCACUGAUGGCACUACUAGUUAUGUUAUUGCUGGUCGUUCUGGCGGUACUACUGCUAAUGGGAUGCCCCUUUAUGCUGUUUCUACUGGUUCUCGUCUGGAUGUUGGUGCUACCGCUCCUUCUUCUGGUCUGACUUUGAAUGCUAACCAUGUUCUUGGUGUGCGUUCUGCGUCUGGUAAUUCUGGUCUUGUUGCUGAUCUCUCGGAAGCGGCAUCCGAACGUUGGGCCGAGCUUCGUUAUGGUUCGUCUAAAAUCACUGGUAAGCUCCGCUCUGGUGUGGCUCAGUCUCUUGAUGUUUGGCAUCUUGCCCAGCAUUUCACGACUGUUCCUACUCUUAGUCAGCAGUUCAUUGAGGAGAAUCCGCCGCUUAAGCGUGUACUUGCUGUACAGGAUGAGCCUGAGAUUAUCUUUGAUAGUCUGACCACUUGUAAUACUGUUCGGUGUCUUCCGACUUAUUCUGUCCCCGGUCUUGUUGAUCAUUUUUAA